AUGGCGAAUCGUCGUGAACAUAAUCCAAUGCUUGACUUGGAAAGAAUAGAGCUAAUGGAUGAAUUUAACGAAGUGAUGAUGAAUGAAAUCAGAAAUCCGGCACGAAAUGAUCGUCAUGAACAUCAUCAAAUGCUCGAACUGGAAAGAAUCGAAUUCAUGAAUGCAUUUCACGGAAGAAUGAUAAAUGUGGACAGAGAUCCAGCAAGAAUUCGCAUCCAAGAGUUAUUAAAUCGCAGGGCAAAUCAUCACGGUAGAAACGGACACGGAUUUGUUCGUCGCUUCGAAAAUGGACCCAUGGAUUUAUUCGAUCUCGAAUUUAAUAAUCAUGAAGAGGAAGAUCUCGAUAAUUUGGUCAGAUUUGCCCCCACUGAAACAGACGGUCGUGCACCAUACAUCUUGCAAGCUCGAAAGGCACAAAACGAGCUUCACAUAUGCAACAUUUGUCUUGCCCAGAUCCCCAAUAUCGAGUACCUCAAGCAUCUGGAUGAUUGUGCGGAAAAACGUCAUUCUCUCGAGCAUGUGAAGAACGCCGCCUACUACCAUUUUCUCUCGAGCGAAUAUUACGUCCACCAAGAGUUUGCAAAGUUAAUGGAGAAUCUCGAGAUUCGCUAUCUCUCUGCAGUGGUUGAUGAAAGUUUCGUCAAAUGGAUGCCCUGCAUGUCAUGUGAUACGCUUAUGGAUCACUUGUCCGAGAAAUGUAUGAAGAAUAAUAUGGAGGAAAUCUUCACGUUUGAAGGCAAAACUUUGGUCAACCGCUCUCUCAAUAAUUACAAACUGUACUUGGAAUACAAUAUGCAAGUCAGAUUGGAUGGAAUUGUUUCCAGACAUUCGAAACAUCUUGAUUCUAUUGAGUCCAUACUUGAUAUGGAGCCAACGGAUAUAGAGUCCCAAUUGCUCAAAAGCAGAACUUGGGAUAACUUUGUAAAUGUCACAUGCCCAGCUCAACACGUCGAAAUCUUCGAAUUCAAGGAAAAAACAAUGUUGGAGAACGAAGAGAUGCUCGAAAAGGAGGAAAAUUCGCUCGACAGUCUUUUCCUCAAAAAUAAGAACAGGAUGGUUGCUUACAUUGAGACUUUCAAGAAGAAGGAGAACUUGAGAGAGAUUCUUCAACAGAGAAAAAGUCUUCGUCUCGAUCCAAUUGACAUGUUUAUUCCAAGCAAUUUGAUGAUCGGCCCGUACCAGGAAGGUGUCGUGGAGGAGGAGUAUCCAUAUGUGGCCAAUGUGCAGGCUGCUGAUGAAGAGAUGUCGGGACUUUAA